UAUCGGUGUAUUUUCAACACUGCUUCGAAUGGAUGGUUUUACGGAAGGUGAGAAACUCCAAAGGAGUUUGGCCUUCCAGAACCUUCAACCCCUCUGUGUAGGUUUGGUGAAGGAACCAACUGUCCAGAAGCUGGAAUUAUUAAAGAACCAACUGAAGGCUGUUGACAGAGAGAUUCUAGGAGAGCUUUAUGAAUAUGUAUUGUUUCCUCUUCGUUUGAUCUUGAAGCAGAACACUUGCAAAAAAGACACGUUUCUGACACUCCUUGCCCAGUGUACUGCUGAUGUAUUGUCUGCUGCCACUAUUGAAAAGUGGGACACAUUCAAAGACCUGUUCGUCACAUUCACUGUGCUACUAGGGUCCCCAGAAGAGUCUAAUAAUAAAAUCAGUACUUUAAGUGAAGAACUAAAGUUGGCCAUUGUCGAUGUCCUGUCCAUCUUGUUGAAGAAUUCAAAUUAUGACAGUGUCCUCACUGAUCUCUACACCGUGAAGAACAUCACACUUCUGGGACACACAGUCUCAUCAUUGCUGUCUCUCAUUGAACAUGAGAAGAUGCGUAAACUACGGGUGUCAGCUAUGGAUUGCCUUGCUGCCUUGAGUUUAUAUGAUAAUGGUAACACAAAAAUCCGUGUGAAGUGUGGAAACAUGUUUUCCUCCUUCUUACCUAGGAUCUCAAUUGUUUUAAGUUCAGUUGUCACUGGGGACCACAUCCAGGGCCACCAAGUAAUUAAAACAGCUAUUGACACCUUAAGGAAGAUUGUGCUGCUAACAAUGACUGACAAGUUAAUUGAGGAGAGUCAGAAACACAUACAUCAUCUAAACACUGAUGUUGAGAACGAAAAACUCCGUAAUCUAAUUGUCAACAGAGAUCAAAAAUGGAGUGAAAAGACAGCUGAGAAACUCCUCAUAAUAGUCAAGCAAGUUGGGAGUAUUCGACAGCACUAUCAUUCAGGAGUACGACUCAGUUUAGUGGAGUGGGCUCAUGCUAUACUCAACAACUGUACAAGGAGUAUGUCCAACAGUGUCCCUGUUCUAUUGGAAGUUCUAGUGAUACUCUCCUGUGACAAAUACUCUAAUGUCGCAUCAAGGGGAGAGAAGGCAUUGAAAAUAUUUCAACAGAGACAAGAGAAGGAACAAUCACGCACCUUAGUGGAGAUUCUAGAAGAAAACUUACUGGGUCUGGUUACAACCCUUCCAAGACAAAUAAGAACAUCAGAUGAUGCCCAAAAAUUAGAUUUGAUCAAGAUUUUGUCUGGAUAUCUGAAAAUUUUAGGUAAAAACAUCAACAACAUGUUGAACAGCUAUCCACAUCUAAAGAGGUUUUCUCUGGCACUUGUCCAAGUUUUAGAAUUUGACUGUUCCAACAUCAAGAUUGUAGAAGAAACAAGUCAUAUGUUAGGAGAAGGUGCCAGUGCUAUAGACUCUCGUAUGAUAACCAGUGUUCAACAACCCCGCAAGACCUACAAACAUUUCCACAGUGAUUUGAUCCUGGAAGAGCUAAAGUUAGUAUUGCGGUACCUUGGUAUGUAUGGAGAUCUGAACCUUUUAAUUGAUCAUUUCUUGGACAUGUUUCAUGAGACGUCUCUGCAUAGACUGCAGGCAACAUACAUCAUUAACCAAAUACUUGAUGGAACUCUCCACUUGACUCAAGGCAAUACUGACAGACCAAGUGGAACUAUCCAGGACAAAGAAACACUACAUAGCAUUGUAAGUUUGCUGAUUGAUGAGUACCUGGCCCCUCAAAACUUCAACUUGGUUACCUCCCACCUCCACCAAGAAAACGAUCCUGUUGAGGGCCAGUUCUCUCUCUUGCUCUACAACAACGUGAAACGACCAACAAUUUAUGACUACAAUGCUAACAUACUUCAGAUAUGUCUCUUUCUCGAAGGGUUUGCUGUGUUUGCUAAAGUCCUUAACAAAGACUUCACACCAUUUUUAUUGAAAACACUCUACCCACUUUUGGAGAAGCUGGGAGAUCGGUCAGCCUACCUGAGCAGCACAGCCUACUUGUCUCUGACAGAUAUAUGUACUUAUUGUGAAUACAGAAACAUCAUGGAUUUGAUCCAACAAAAUGCUGAUUAUCUUGUCAAUGCAAUUACUUUACGUCUGCGCCAUCUCUCUCUCAACUCAAGGUGUCCACUUGUCUUAAAGGUCAUGCUUCAGUUUGGUAAUGAGGAACUCCUGCCUUUAGUGACAGAUACUAUUACUGAGGUGUUGGAAUGUUUAGAUGACUAUCAAACUACUCACGUAACCACUUUCCUACAAGUUCUCCAUGAACUCUGUUCAGCAAUCGGACGCUGGUUCCUACAGAGCAAGUCUACACACUCAUUGGCGGAGACAAACAACAAGCAGGAACCUGAAGUCACUGCCAACUCAACCCAGGGUGUACAGUGGUUAGUGGACUACCUGACUCAGUAUGACAGAGACAAAAAAAUGUCUGCUGGAGAUGUUGAUGAAUCAGAGAUGAAGGCUGAAGAUGAGGAUGUCAAUGAGAAUCCAGCAUCAGAAAACAAUAUGGAAAUAGAAGACAGCUCAGAGACCAUUGAUGAGAAACCUGUAUCACCUUUACAUGUCACUAUUGUGAAAGAUGUCCUAGCCCGGGUGAAACAUCUCAUGUCAUCCACAGAUGUCCAUAUUCAGCUUUUGGCUUUGGACACAGUAUGUGCAGCAAUUCAGUCUCUCCAACCACAUGAAGAUGAACUUUUACCUCAAGUACACCAGCUGUGGUCUCCAUUAUCUCAGAGAUUUUCUGAUAAGAAAAUACUUGUUAGAACAAAGGCCCUUCACACCUUAAUGGAUAUCUCACAGGUGUGUGGUUCAUUCAUCAGGAAACGCACAGUUGCCGAGGUUUAUCCCACACUCUGCCGAUACCUAAGUCACCAGGCUCCACUCAGUAGCAACUGCUCUAUAGCCUACACCUUUACCCAAGAGUACAAGCUCCAAUUACUUACAUUGCAAUACUUUGGCAAACUCUGUCAAAAUCUCGGAGUCAGUAGUAAAGAGAUUGAAUCUGUAGCAUCUUCCUGUCUAUUCUACCUCAGUGAAUAUCAACAUGAGACUCUACAAAAGGCUGCCCUCACAACAUUUGGGAUUUUGGUUGAGAUUGAUCCGGAUAUAAUGUGGUUUAAACUAUGCUCUGUGUGGUGCCCCAUAGUUUACACAGCAAAAUCACCCCUCUUGGAAAAUAUUCAGUUCAAGACCAAAAAUGAGAAGAACGAAUAUUCCAAAAACAUUGAACUUCUAUUUGAAAAUCCUUUGCUAUCCUGAUAGUGGAACAGUCCAAAAUAAAAUCUAAUGUAUUUUUAA